AUGUUCUUGCUCUACGCCCUGCGCCCUGCGCUGCCUCGAGCUGAUACUCCAGCACUGGGUGCGCUUGCAGCCCCCGCCACCGUGCCAGGGCCGUCUCUACUAGGCCCAAGAGUCAUUGUUGGGUUUCUCCGUGAGAGGCUAGAUGUCGUGGAGAAGUGUCUUGUUUAUUAUCGGGGCCACCUUGACGUGCUCUUCUUCACCAACGCCAAUGCUGACGCUGCUGCCGUUCUGGAUAGCAUCAACCGUGCGCCCGAGCCAUUGCUGAGGCCGCUGCUGCGCCAGCUCUGCGCGCUUGCUUCGGCGGGAAUCGUCUUUUCUCAGUGCACGGCGACAACACCGAGCACGGCGACAACACUGAGGACGGCUCUGCGGCUCUGCUGCCUGCUUGCCGCCAGCAAUAGGGGCCUUGGUCUGUCGCGGAUCUUGGGGCUGUUUGGCGACCGACGUCCCGCCACGGCGCUGGCGGCCGAGUGGGGCGAGAUGAAGCGUGUCUGGCGCUGUCUUGUUGCCAUAAGAGUCUGGCUGCGGUCGACGCUGGGCUGGGCUUUCGUGGACCUGGGCCCUGCCGAUGUGCUCGCGUCGGGCCAGGACGAAGAUUUGCAGCGCCUGAACGGGGGCGAGUAUUUCCGUCGAGAGAUGGCCAGAAUGGCUAUUUUGAAACAAAAGAUGUCUCGCAAGACGUCACCAGACCGACUCAAGCUCUACUGCCUGCACAUCUCACACCAGGGCGCGGUCUUGCGGCUCUUUCGCCGCCUCGUCCGCCGUUUCGGAGAUGCCGAGACGCCGACGGCCGUCCCCAAGGAACUGACGGCCUGUCUCAGCGACGGACUGCUGUCGGCUCGCCACUCGUCAAGAUUUUGCUUGCUGUUGGAGACGGAGCGGGGCUCGAAACUGCUGCUUGAGACGGCUGACGCCGAGUGGUACGAUGACCAUGUCCUGAUAACCCACAUGAUAGAGUCGCUCGCGACCUUCUGCACCGAGGCCGAUGUGAUUGCGCAGUCCUUCUGCCGGGCGGCGGCGGAGAGGGGCCUCGCGGGUGCCGACGCAGCCCCGAAUCUGCCUGUAAGCGAGGCUCCCCGCGGCGGCGGGGGUGGUGGCGACAGACAGUACCUGCUUACGUCUGCCUCAGGCACAUCGCGGCACCACGUCGCCGCGCGAGAGCUGCUCGACUUCGUAAGGCGGCCACUCGGCGACCCGCGGGUGCGGCCCGAGAGCGUCGACCAUCUCUUCCGCCACUCCCUCAUCAACCACGAGGAAUGCAGCCUGGGCCUCCACUACGACUGGCCGACCGAGUUCAUGCUCGACGCGAAAGCGCCCGACCUCAGCGCCGGUGCCCAAGCUGCUGACACCAGUCCCGAACUUGAGCCCUUGUUGGGCAUGUCCGGUAUUCUUGGGCUGCGAUAG